AUGGUGUGCGGUGUUGGGACCAAACGCAAGCACUCUGGCAAGCCCUGUGAUCAGUGCAAGAAGCGCCAUCCUCCGCAAAGUGCCAAGCCCGCAUCAUCAUUGGCUCCGUCUGAAGGCGCAUACUUGCGAUUCGUCGGCGACCUGAGCCCCGAGGCUUCUUUCUUGGAAAACCGCACACGAAAACCCGGUGUUCAGAAAUCUUCGAGGCCGGGCGAAGUGGGAGUUUGGCUGGGCCAGAGAACUGAUGACCGAGCCCCCCCGGAUGAUCAGCAACAGGGCGGCACUGUCAUAGUUGAACCGGUAGGCAGCCCUGCCUACCGUCUUGAGGGCCUGGCUGGACUGCAAGCGCUCUAUCCCUACCUCCGGAGAGAGUGCGCACUCGUACUGCCUCCCAAGAAAGAGUUCGAGCUCUUGUCACGCCUCUACUACGCAAAGUUCGAUCCGCUGUUCCCCAUCUUGCAUGAGGAGGCCAUCGACCAGCACGAUGUGAUGGAUGCCGUCGCUCUCAAGCAAGGCAUAUGUCUGCAAGCAGCCCUCGAUCCUUCGAUGAAACCUCAUUUGAGGCUCUCCUGCGGCGAGAGUCUUCUCUCACAGCUCGAGUUUCGCUCCAGCCUCGCGACGGCGUUGAAACUGUCCCUGGACAUGGGCUUCAUCCGCAACAGGAUGGUGUUGCUGCAAGUAACGGUGCUUAUGGCUUUCUACACCGACAGAUCUUCGGCGAGCGAGAUUUCAACGGCGUACACCGCGCAAGCUGUUCAGCUGUCGCUUACCCUGGGCCUCCAUCUCGGCUGGCCUGGCGACACAAGUAGCACGGAGAAAUCUCGAAGGAUUUUCUGGUGCGUCUGGACCUUGGAUCGCCUGAAUGCUACUGCAAACGGGCGACCCAUCACGAUCCAUCAGCAGGAUAUGAACAUGAGGAUCUUUGAGGCGAUACCAGAGCAACAACCCUCCUUUCGACUCUUCAUCGACAUCACGCAGUUUCUUGAUGCUGUCAUCUCUCAAUACCGCCCUCAUGCGACUCCAGAUUGCCAAUCUUUGACUGGCAAAGUGCACUCGUUUGAAACCUUGGCUCAGGAGGCAGAUGCUCUAGACAUUGGCUUCUCGUUACUCGCUUCCCUGGAGAUGUUCUAUCUCUCGGUGGUCAUCUUGCAGAGCCGACCACACAAGGGUGAUAAAUCGCCUGAGCGCGUCCCUUUGUCAGCGCUUCAGAUAUACAGCGCCUCGAGCAUCGUUUCCGUCGCUCUUGGGGAGUUCAAAACCUCAAUGACCUUCUGGGCCAUCCUCCCAUAUGCAGUGUCCAUGGCCACUUCAGUAGCCUAUCAGAGCCUGCGAAAUAGUACCGUACCCUACAAGCGGAAACAGGCGUACAGUUUGUUCCAUAGCAGCUGCGACAUCCUCGAAAAACUGAGUAUAUCGUUCCGCUCCGCCUGCACAAUGGCGAAGCUUGCCAAUGAUACGUUACAGGAGGUCGAGAGGGUGUCGGGAAACAGGAACAGGGCCAACAAACUGUCAAACAGCAGCAGACAGAGCGUUGCGAGAGAGGUGGAAGCAACCGGCGAGACUACCCAGACAACAACGGCGGCCGUCGAGCCCGAAGAACGUGAGGCGACACAAGGCACGCAAGUACGCCAAAGGCCUUGGGCGGAGGCUUCGUCUGUUCCCGUGGCCAGCGCUUACACGGCACCCUUGCCUGGACAGCCCAAUCUUGAUCCAUCUCAAAUGACAGUGGGCACCACUCCGUUUGAGAACAUGGACUUUACAGAUGUCCCGGGAAUAUUCGAGGACUUUGACCCAGAUUUCCAUCUCAACCGCAUCGAUGCACUAUUUUCGGCCACCCUGGAUCCAACCAUGUCAUUUAUGCCAGAUGAGUGGUUUCAAGAGGGUGCUUUUGAAGAGUACCACUAA